GAUGCCGGGAUGUUUACACUCAUGGUGGGGCGGACAGCGCUGUUGAGGGGAGCGUCACACCUGCACUGAGAGCCGCCAGUCACCGGGGCCCGGGACCCAACACCCAGCGAUCAGCGGGAGCCGCGCCAGCCCGAGAGAGCCGCCGAAGUGUAAUAGGGCCGCCCUGAAUGCUGGUCUUCAAACAAGGUGACGAGUAAAAGUACCACAGAAUUGACUGCUGGAGAAUCAGCACAGACUUUACUUCUGGAGCAUUCAACAGUGGCUGCUGCUUGAUCUGCAGCAUUCUUAACCACCCAGUGUGUAUCAAGAGAAGUGAAAAUAACCUUUUCUCCUGACAACAUGGAUGACCAGUCUCCACAGCAACAAUUUCCUGGUCAAAUUGCCGUUGCUCAGUUUCAGCCACAGAAACCUCUCCGUCCAGAUUUGGGCCUGAAUACACUAGGAAACUUUCAGAUCGAAAAGAAGAUUGGCCGUGGACAGUUCAGUGAAGUCUAUCGAGCAACAUGUCUACUAGAUGCAAUGCCAGUAGCAUUGAAAAAAGUGCAGAUAUUUGAAAUGAUGGAUGCCAAAGCUCGUCAGGAUUGCAUAAAAGAAAUCGAUCUCUUAAAGCAACUGAACCAUCCAAAUGUAAUUAAAUAUCUUGCGUCAUUCAUUGAGGACAAUGAGCUAAACAUUGUUCUAGAGCUCGCAGAUGCUGGAGACCUUUCUAGAAUGAUAAAGCAUUUUAAGAAACAGAAAAGAUUGAUUCCAGAAAGGACAAUAUGGAAAUACUUUGUGCAGCUUUGCAGUGCCUUGGAACAUAUGCACUCUCGACGUGUCAUGCAUAGAGAUAUAAAACCAGCAAAUGUGUUCAUUACAGCAACUGGCGUAGUAAAGCUGGGAGACCUUGGAUUGGGCAGAUUCUUCAGUUCGAAAACUACAGCAGCACAUUCUUUAGUGGGUACCCCAUAUUACAUGUCCCCAGAGAGAAUACAUGAAAACGGAUACAACUUCAAAUCUGACAUCUGGUCACUAGGAUGUCUACUGUAUGAGAUGGCUGCUCUCCAAAGUCCAUUCUACGGCGAUAAGAUGAACCUAUACUCUCUCUGUAAAAAGAUUGAGCAGUGUGACUAUCCUCCUCUUCCUUCUGACCAUUAUUCAGAAGAGCUUCGAGAAUUAGUAAAUAUAUGCAUUAACCCAGAUCCAGAGAAGAGACCAGAUAUUACCUAUGUGUAUGAGAUAGCAAUGCGCAUGCAUGCACUUUCUUCAGGAAGCUAAAGCAAAUCAUGCAUCAUGAGGAAGAAAGACCAGAAGAAAUGAAAAAUGAAACUCAGUGUUUCCAUACUAUCAUUACUCCUUGUUACUCUGCCUAGGGAUAAUUGUACAGAAUCCACUGGCCUCAUUGGACAGGAAGUUAUAUAUACCCAAAUUAAAUUAGUUCUUAUUGACAAGGCUCUGUAUGCUGAACCGCAUUUGUUAAAUAACUACAUCCUCCCGGUGGCCUUAUAUGUGUUUUAAUUCAUAUACUGUUGCUGUUUUCCUUACAUUUGAUAGUUUAAAAAAAUUGGUGUGCCUGCAUUUUUCAAAAUCAUAUAUAAGUCUGUUUUCUAAGCAUAUUGGACCAGACAUUAUUGUGCACUGUUACGUAACUCAUCCUUUUAUUUAUAGUGUUCAUUGCAUUUUGUAGCCUUUCUGAUAUUUUAUGCUGAUUUGCGCCUCUCCCCCACCCCCCCAUAGUCAAUUGCUGACAUUGUAUGAAUUAGCACCAAAUGUUAUGCAAAUCCAAAUUUGGUUUGUAUGGACCAAAUUCUAAAUUGCUUGAAUGUUCCUUCAAGGUCCUAAGAUGCUAACAAAAACACUAUUAAAUAUUCAAUGAUAUUGAUGGUUUCUAAAAGGUGCCUUUGUUUUUGUUUGUAUAAGAACUGCAGUUUAGUACUGUAACUUCAGUUGGCGAUUGAAUGUCACACCACUGUUAUUAUGAAAAUAAUCAUUUAGUUUUCCUUGCAUGUUCAAAUGUUUACAGAAAAAUCAAUAAUAAUAAUCUUUGCAUUUGAUAUAGCGCCUUAUCACAUCUUCAGGACGUCUCAAAGCACUUCAUGUGAUAUGAAUUGCUUUGAUCCUUAAAGAUUUCAUUUUUGUUUUGAGGGUGUAUUCUCUAGUUUCUUCUGGGUUGCUCCUGUACUGAAGUGCACUAGAAAGGCUGGUAAAGUAUUCAAGGUCAUCACAAAUACCUCUGAAUCAGCUUCUAGAAAGUAUACAAUAGAGACCAGGAUAAUUUUUGCCUCCCAAGUUCAAUCUAUUUCUUCCCCACCUUCCCCCCAUUUUUUUUGCCCUGUGGUGAGGCACCUGAUAUCUGCCAAUCUCUUCCUUCCGUUCCCCAACAGCAGUACAGCUGAGCUGAAACCUCAGCCAAGGAAGGGACUGAAACUUUGUCCCACUCUUCUAACAUGCAGUGUUGUCACUUUGCUCUCUUGAGUAUUAUGGUUUUGAUCAAGGUGUUUUUUAAAUCAUUUUGAAUCACCUAAAACAAAUUUGUUGACUUUUCAGGUGCAAACAAAACAUUUUUGCCUAAAACAUUUAGUGUUUAGCCAAAGUCAAAUACCAAAUAUUUAACUGUUAAACAAAUUUGCCUAUGCGUCACAAAAUCAUAUUUAUAGCAAAAAAGUAUCAGUCCUGAAGUGUUCAGGACAGCAGCAUAUCAAUAAUGUGCCUUGUUUAUGUAAUGUGUUUAACCUGGCAGUCAUAGUGGAUAUUUCAAGAGGAGUUGGAGUGCAGGACAUAUUCCAUAAGUGAGGAACACUUGAUAACUGAGGAAUGAGUUGUAAGGGUGUUCAUCAAACUCCUCCACUGACUCAAUGUGGUGUUGCACCAUGCAUAUCAGACAUCCCAUGCUUUAUCUUGUAUCUGUGGUGCGUUAACUGUUAACAGUUAGAAUGGAUUUGACGAUGCUGCAAUUGGCCUCUGUCCUUGGGCUAGGAAGGGCAAUCGGAGAAAGUUCUUCUUCCCUUCUUGCUGUACAUUGAUACCACCUUGAUGUGCUGCUGAUGUUCACUUUGUGGGCUAAGACAUGAUUUUGAGAUACUGGAGGCCACAAGUAAGAAUGGGUCCGUAACCCAACAUGUUUGGUCAUUUUAAGAAGAGGAGAAAAUCAGACUGAAUAUUUAAUAGGAAAAAUAAAACCAUAUUCCGCAGUUAUAAUUUCGUUGAAUAUUUUGUAAUUUAUUUCUUUAUAUGAUGGGGACGAUAAGUACAGUGUGUAAUUUAAUAUUCAGCACGGUGUUUGCCUUUUACCUCUCUCCAAACAGUGACUGCAAUCUUGAAAAAACAUAAGAAUGGUGCUAAAGAAUAAGUUGACCUUUCCUGAGCUUGAAAUAGGGCAGAUUUUUUACAAUUUAAAAAGUGCAUUAAUUAAAUGAGUUCGGCCAUUUAACUGCAUAUGUGGAUUUAAAAUAUUGGUUGCAAUACAUACACAGAAACGAUGCAGUAACUGCACUUCUUCAACAUAAUUGUUUAAAUAAGUAUCUUGCCCUCAUCCUCUGUGAUUCAGUGGUUAGAUGCAUCUCCAACUGAAAAAUCUGAACUGAAACAAUUAUGCAAAUUACAUUCUUCAUUCUGUGAAGGGAUAUUCAAGCUGUUACACAAAAAACUAGGAGUCAAAGGCAAACAAUAGGAUAAUGUAAUUUCAGAGAAAUCUUAAUGCAAAACGCUUCAAAUAAAUCUUAUCCUGUUUCCUAUUGGGUACUUGUGAUAUCAGCUAAAUGUAUUCAGUGGACACAUGUUUGGUAAAACUUGGCAUAUCUUUAAAUUACUUCUGGAUCAUUGCACGGAUACAGACCAUCAAUGUGCAUUUUAGAUUUUCACGAAAAUAGCUAAUAGUGAAUAAUCUGCCUUUGUAGGAUAAAGUAAUUUUUAUAAAUCUUUUAGCAUUUUCAGUCUAAACUGAUUUGCGCUUGUAAUUAAAUUUGAAAUUGAUUUUGUUUGUUAAAUCCUGCCAAUUGAAUUCAUUUGUUAAUUUCUGGGGGAAAACAAUAUUGAAAACCAAAGGACUCCAUGUCCUGUGUCUUACAUUUCUGUAGAAAUUAUGUGUUUCAAAAGUGUUUGUAUUUAGUUAUUAAAUAAACGCUCAUACCGAAAAUGCACAAAGGAUUGCAUUGCACAUAUUCCCAAGGAUUUCACAGCAUAAGACUAUUUUAACGUAUUCACCAAAAAAGUGAAACAAUAAUUAUACCUUAUGAUAAAUCCAUGGCAACAUGGCAUAUUGUUAUAGUAUUAAUAUUUUUCAAUAUAAAAUAUUACAAAUGCUACUAACUGCAUAUUUACUGAUGUGAGUGGGAUUGUUUAUUUGCUCCAAAUCUGUCUCCGCUAUUUCUGUCUCAAGUGCUUUUCAAUGUAAGCAUUAGCUUGUAUCUGAUUUAACAAAAAUGUGUAAGUUUUACUUUUCCUUCCUCUUUCAUUAUGAAUGUAUGUAUAUAAAUAUAAUUACAUAAAAAUCUGGUUUUAACAAAAUUAUUUUGUUUUAAUGUUUAUGUUUGAGGGUGAAAAUGUUAAGCACUUAGGCAAAGUCUGGUUUAACACUCCAAUUACAAGAAAUAUACAUGUCCGUCUAAGUCAGUUUCUGAAUAUAAUUGUUGUUGAUCAGGUAAAUAUAGCGUAUUAAAUGGCUGGACUGGAUGGCACAGCUAUCAGCUCAAGAAGGGUAUUCACACUGAGUGGUGUUGCUAGUUCUUUAAUUGCUAACAUAAUUUUCCAGGCUACAAAAUAGCUAUUUACCUUGUCAUUUUAUAAUGACGAGUAGUUUUUAUUUGCUUUAUCAUUUGAUAUUUUAUUUGUCAAGAUUGGUUUUUGUUCAUAUUUGUUAUGCUGCCAUUACACCAACAGAUAUUGUUAAAAAAAUGUACGUUUCCAAAAUAUUUGAAUUAGCUUCUGAAUUAUUUCAAAUUUAUUGAUGUAAGUAACCAUUUUUCUUAACCUGUGAAAUGUUUUAAUGCAAUUUAUUCAAUAGCAAUGAAAGAUGGACUUACACUUUUGUGCUAUAUGUGAAUGUGUGAAUCUUACGUUUUAAACUGUGGUAUUUGUUUUAUGAUUAUCCUUAACAUUGAUAGAUUUUUGUUCACACUUCCCAAAUAUCCUAUGUUUGUUGGGAAGAAUAUCAACCCUUAUAGUCUAAUAUGCAUAAGUUAAUGUUCGAUAAACAUUAUUAAUGCACUUCAAAAUCUAGAAUUUUUCAUAAAGUUGUUUUGGACUGUUAAUAUUUUACAUUGAUUAAAUUUGAGCAAAUCAUUUAUUAAUGUAAAUUAUUGAAGAUUAUUUUGUCAUGUUCAUAAUUACAGGAAUAUGUCUGUAGACAGUUGUAUAAAGUAAAGAGAGCCUUUGUUUCCAAUAUCAAUAUAAAAAUAUAUACAAAUAAUACAGGAUAAUGUGCGUAAAGGAUUAAUUAAAUAUUUUGUUCUCAUGGAAUCCCACAGCUUUAAACUUUUAUUUUAAGAAUACUUAUUAAAAUAAUGAGCUGAAUGCAGAAAAGCAGAACUUUAUAUGGACUGUAUGCAUAAGAGCACUGAUUGAGAACAAAGUGUUUGCAUUGAAGGGUUACCUGCCAACACAUAAACACUCUGCUCCUCAAUCAGUGAUCUUCUCUAUAUACUCAGUGCAAAGUUCGGCUUUUGUGUAUUUAACAAUUGAACUGUCAACGGAGACAAAUAAAGCGUGAUUUCUAUUUUUUCAAA